UUCAACUCUAGGGAGUGAAGAGGAGUUUUUGUACAGCAGUAUAGCUAAAUUAUAAGUCUAAAAAGUCGGUAGCGGCAAACCGUUUGGCCAAACUAAAUUGCGAGUUCAAAUUGAGAGCUAAAUACCUAACAAUCGGCAAACGGAGCGGCGAAAAACAGGCGCUGCAAGCAGUGAUAUAAAACCGAAUCACAACCAACACCCAAAAAGGCAACCUGGUCGCGUCAUCAGUGGAAGUGGAAAGGCAGUUGCCGCAGCAGAAGCAACGGGAGAAGCAGUGGUUUUCCAGCUCUGGUUUUGAGUCCUUCAAGCAUGGACAGCAAGGGUCGAAAUGUUAUCGUCUGUGAUAACGGCACUGGGUUCGUUAAGUGCGGAUAUGCCGGCAGCAAUUUUCCCACCCACAUUUUCCCCUCGAUGGUGGGACGACCCAUGAUUCGGGCGGUUAACAAAAUCGGCGAUAUCGAAGUCAAGGAUUUACAUGUCGAUGAUCUGAUGGUCGGCGACGAGGCCUCACAGCUGCGAUCCCUGCUAGAGGUCUCCUAUCCGAUGGAGAACGGCGUGGUGCGCAACUGGGACGACAUGUGCCACGUGUGGGACUACACGUUCGGUCCCAAAAAGAUGGACAUCGAUCCGACGAAUACAAAAAUCCUGCUGACAGAGCCGCCCAUGAAUCCCACAAAAAAUCGCGAGAAGAUGAUUGAGGUGAUGUUCGAGAAAUACGGCUUCGAUUCCGCGUACAUUGCCAUCCAGGCCGUGCUGACGCUAUAUGCCCAGGGUCUGAUCUCCGGCGUGGUGAUCGAUUCCGGCGAUGGUGUGACGCAUAUAUGUCCCGUCUACGAGGAGUUUGCCCUGCCCCAUCUGACGCGUCGAUUGGACAUUGCCGGUCGGGAUAUCACUCGCUAUUUGAUUAAGUUACUGUUACUACGUGGCUACGCUUUCAAUCAUUCCGCCGACUUCGAAACGGUGCGCAUCAUGAAGGAGAAGCUCUGCUACAUCGGCUACGACAUCGAAAUGGAGCAGCGAUUGGCCCUGGAGACGACGGUGCUGGUGGAGUCCUACACGCUACCCGAUGGCCGUGUAAUCAAGGUCGGCGGCGAGAGAUUCGAGGCGCCAGAGGCUCUAUUCCAGCCGCAUUUAAUCAACGUCGAGGGACCGGGCAUUGCGGAACUGGCCUUCAACACCAUUCAGGCGGCAGACAUCGACAUCCGGCCCGAGCUCUACAAGCACAUAGUCCUCUCCGGCGGCUCCACCAUGUAUCCGGGUCUUCCCAGUCGGCUGGAGCGAGAGAUCAAGCAGCUGUACCUGGAGCGGGUACUCAAGAACGAUACGGAAAAGCUGGCGAAAUUCAAAAUACGCAUUGAGGAUCCGCCGCGACGCAAGGACAUGGUCUUCAUCGGCGGCGCUGUUCUGGCGGAGGUGACGAAGGAUCGCGACGGCUUCUGGAUGUCCAAGCAGGAGUACCAGGAACAGGGCCUCAAAGUAUUGCAAAAGCUGCAGAAGAUCAGUCACUAGAGGCGAUGGCGGCGGAGUCAGUGUGUGUGCGGACCGUGAGAAAUAGGAUAAAAAAGUGAUACAUUUCUUUUCUCUAUUUUGUAUAAGUUGAAACUUUUCAGAUUUACGUGAUAU